AUGGCUGAAGAUGGAAACGUCCAGAAUCUUCCUGUGCUUAACCGGACCUCCUUCCAUUUCCAACCUCAGAGAAAUUGGCUCAACGAUCCAAACGCGCCAAUGUAUUACAAAGGAUUCUACUAUUUAUUCUACCAGCACAACCCUUUAGCUCCAGAGUUCAGUAGAAGAAUCAUAUGGGGCCACUCUGUUUCACAAGACAUGGUCAACUGGAUCCAACUCCCGCCAGCACUUUCUCCCUCUGAGUCCUACGACAUCAACAGCUGCUGGUCAGGAUCCGCCACGAUCCUCCCUGAUGGCAAACCUGUGAUCUUGUACACCGGAAUCGACAACCAAGAGAGACGGGAAGACAGACGGCAAGUCACAGUUCUUGCCGUACCUAAAGAUGAUUCCGACCCUUUGCUUCGUGAGUGGGUAAAGCCAACGCAAAACCCUGUCAUGGUUCCACCAGAGGACAUCCUUCAUUACUGUUUCCGUGACCCUACCACUGCAUGGCAAGGUCAAGAUGGUAAAUGGAGAGUUCUCAUAGGAGCUAAGGAGAGAGAUACUCUAAGAGGAGUAGCUCUUUUGUACCAUAGUACUGAUGAUUGUGAGCAAUGGACUAGGUAUCAAGAACCUUUACUUGUAGCACAAGCCAACGAAAUGUUGGAGUGCGUUGACUUUUUCCCGGUUAAGCUCAUGGGUAAAGAAAGUGUAGAUACUUCGGUGAACAAUGCUAGUGUGAGGCAUGUGUUGAAAGUUAGUUUUGAGGAAGAACUUGGAGGCAAAGAUUGUUAUGUUAUUGGCUCAUAUUGUUCCGAGACUGAUAGAUUUGUCCCGGACUCAGAGCUCACUUACACACGUGCUGAUCUGAGAUAUGAUGAUGGAUGGUUUUACGCCUCCAAGUCGUUCUUUGAUAGUGCUAAGAAUAGGAGGAUCAACUGGGGAUGGGUUGUGGAGACUGAUAGCAGAGAAGAUGAUAUUGAGAAAGGAUGGGCUGGCCUUCUGGGUCUUCCUAGGCAAAUGUGGCUGGACACAAGUGGAAAGAGGCUGAUGCAAUGGCCAAUCCAAGAGAUCAAUAAUCUCCGAACUAGACAAGUUAGCUUCCAUAACAGGGAACUCGAAGGCCGCUCGAUGUUUGAAAUCACAGGCAUUACUGCAGCACAAGCAGACGUUGAAGUGACUUUUGACCUGCCUGUUCUGGAAGAUAACUCCCGGAUACGGGACGCAACGCACGUUGCUGAUGCGGUUUUGUUCAAUAGUGGCAACUCGCUUGGAUGUGUUUACGGGCCUUUUGGGUUGCUAGCAUUAGCUUCCAAUGAUUUAUCCGAACAAACUGCGAUCUUCUUCAAGAUUAUUCGUCGCGGAAAUGGAUAUUCGGUUAUAAUGGGCAGCGAUGAGAAUAGAUCUUCGUUGAGAGAAAACGUACAAAAAAUUCCGCAUGGAACAUUCCUAGACAUUGAUCCAAGACAUGAGAAGAUCUCAUUAAGAUGUUUGAUCGAUCACUCGAUUAUAGAGAGCUAUGGAGCAGGAGGAAGAAAUGUGAUAACUUCUAGGGUUUAUCCCAAAUUGGCAAUUGGUGAAGCAGCUAAGCUUUACGCGUUUAAUAAUGGAACGAAGGGUGUGACCAUGUCGUCUCUGGAUGCUUGGAGCAUGAGAAAUGCCCAAAUCAAUACAAAUGCAAUUUAAUUUAUCACUAAUAGUGAUGAUAACUAAUACUAAUAAUAAUAUUUAGACUGCCCUAAAGAUGAUUAGUGUCUUUUCGUGAACUGUUUUCAAGAUUUAUAAUCCGUAUUUUGUAUUUCAAGCUAUUUGUGUGUUUGUCAUUAUUUCUUUGCAUUAUAAGUCUUCUCAUGUGUUUUUAGAAUGAUAUUAUUGAAAUUUCAUGAAAUUUAUCUUGCCGAGUUACAUAUUAAAAUCACGCUCGUCAAUAAAUUUCUCUUUCUACCAAUCAUUUUUUGUAAGCAAAAUGAAGUAAAAUAGUUUAGAAAUAGUGACCAACGACCAAACAAAUUAAAAGUACAUUAUCCCAUUAGGAGCUGUAAAUGUUUCCACAAAUUAAAUUAAUAAGAAAAUGAAGGCAGGUAAAGAAAAUUAAUAAUUUAUGAGCUACUUGGUCCAAGUAAUAUAUUUAACAAAGACCAAAACUACAAACCUUAAAAUUUGUGAUAAAAAUUCAAUUAACAAAUACUUAAAAAAUUUCUUCUUCUUUGCUUCAACCUUUGGAAAGAUCAAAGAGGUACUAAACACUAAUGACACUAUAAUUACAACGAAAGAUUCUCACAACUCUAUGCCGUUUCUUGACAAGAUCAAACCAAAGUAUAUACACAGUAUAAAAGAAUCGAGCAACAUGGAAGCUGCUUCUUGUGAUGAGCAUGGAAACUUCCAGCCUUAACGAACUUCCUUCCAUUUUCAAGCUCAUAAUAAUUGGCUCAACGGUUAUUAUUCAUUAUGUUUUAAUUCUUUUCUGAUUCUAAAAUAUAUACUUC